CGCAUCGCCGCCCUACAGCCCCCGCGCUGUGGCGGCCGCCCGAGACACGUGUGCCCGCGCCCGGCGGGCGUGCGGGGGAGCGCGGCCACGCCUGGCCCAGCCACCAUUUCUCUGGCGCCCACCGGUUCGAGUGCGGAGCCUGAAGCAUGAGCGGGGACUCGGAGCGCGCGGUGGCCCCGGGGGUGGUGCCUGCACCCUGCGCCUCGAAGGUGGAGCUGCGGCUGAGCUGUCGGCACCUGCUGGACCGGGACCCGCUGACCAAGUCCGACCCCAGCGUGGUGCUGCUGCAGCAGGCACAGGGCCAGUGGCUACAGGUGGACAGAACCGAGGUGGUAAAGAGCAGCCUGCAUCCCGUGUUCUCCAAGGUCUUCACUGUCGACUAUUACUUCGAGGAGGUGCAGAAGCUACGGUUUGAGGUGUAUGACACCCACGGGCCUAGUGGGCUGAGUUGCCAGGAUGAUGACUUUCUAGGGGGCAUGGAGUGUACCUUGGGGCAAAUUGUGGCCCAGAAGAAAAUGACGCGCCCAUUGCUGUUGAGAUUCGGCAGAAACGCUGGCAAAUCCACCAUCACGGUGAUAGCCGAGGACAUCUCUGGGAACAACGGCUAUGUGGAGCUCUCCUUCCAAGCCAGGAAGCUGGACGACAAGGACCUCUUCAGCAAGUCGGACCCCUUCCUAGAGCUGUAUCGGGUCAACGAUGACGGGAGUGAGCAGCUGGUGUACAGGACAGAGGUAGUGAAGAAUAACCUUAACCCAGUGUGGGAACCCUUCAAGUUGUCACUGAAUUCCCUCUGCAGCUGCGAGGAGACUCGGCCUCUGAAGUGCCUGGUCUGGGACUAUGACUCUCGAGGGAAGCAUGACUUCAUUGGCGAGUUCACCACCACCUUCACAGAGAUGCAGAAGGCCUUUGAGGAGGAGCAGGCCCAGUGGGACUGUGUGAAUGCCAAGUACAAACAGAAGAAGCGCAAUUACAAGAAUUCUGGGGUGGUGGUCCUGACAGACCUGAAGCUCCACAGGGUCCACUCCUUCCUGGAUUACAUCAUGGGUGGCUGCCAGAUCCACUGCACGGUAGCCAUUGACUUCACAGCCUCCAAUGGUGACCCAAGGAACAGCUGCUCCCUCCACCACAUCAACCCUUACCAGCCCAACGAGUACCUCAGGGCACUGGUGGCCGUGGGCGAGGUCUGCCAGGACUAUGACAGUGACAAGCGAUUUUCUGCUUUGGGAUUUGGAGCCCGGAUCCCUCCCAAGUAUGAGGUGUCCCAUGACUUUGCCAUCAAUUUCAACCCUGAGGAUGAUGAAUGUGAAGGAAUCCAGGGCGUGGUGGAAGCUUACCAGAACUGCCUGCCUAAGGUCCAGCUCUAUGGCCCCACCAACGUGGCACCCAUCAUCUCCAAGGUGGCCCGCAUGGCAGCAGCUGAGGAGCGCACAGGGGAGGCCUCUCAAUACUACAUACUCCUAAUCCUCACGGAUGGUGUGGUAACUGACAUGUCAGACACGCGAGAGGCCAUUGUACGCGCCUCCCAUCUGCCCAUGUCCGUCAUCAUCGUUGGGGUGGGCAACGCUGACUUCACUGAUAUGCAGAUCCUAGAUGGGGAUGAUGGAGUCCUGCGUUCCCCACGCGGUGAGCCCGCACUCCGUGACAUCGUCCAGUUUGUGCCCUUCCGUGAACUCAAGAACGCGUCUCCUGCAGCACUGGCCAAGUGUGUGUUGGCCGAGGUGCCCAAGCAGGUGGUUGAGUAUUACAGUCACAAGGAACUGCCUCCACGCAGCCUUGGUGCCCAAACUGGAGGGGCUGGUCCCAGCUCAGCACCAUGAGGAUGCCAGGCGAGGGGGCCCUGAGCCACAUGUCCAUCUGCAGCACCUCCUGAACCCCCAGAGACCCUCAGAAGCUUAUCACCUAGCCCAGGCCCCAGCCCUACUCCUGUGUUCUGCUGGUCUGGGCCGGUGGCCUACUCCCUGAGAUGAAGAAAUCCAGGCCUCAUGGAGUGACAGAAAUCAGCAGCUCCCCCAUGCCUGCACCUCCUCUGCACCCAACAGGCAUGGAGCAGGGUAUGCUGAGAGAACUGGAGGGGGCCUGACAGCUCAGCUGCGGAGUGCCUCCCUGGGUGAAGGGGUGGUGUCAUUUGAUUCUGUGGGGAGAGGCAGCACCCCAACCCUUGAGGACACCUCGGCCUAGGCACACAGUCCCAUAGGUUUCUCUGUCCUGUCUGGCAUCACUCCCACCUGUGCCCAUACCUGAGACCCUGGGGCCUGCAGGGUCUGUGGGAGGUGGUUUUGGAUCUAAUAAAGUAUCCCUUUAUCCUCA